CCUUCAUUCAUCAGGCCGUUUCCUGAAGCCAUUUCUAGACGAGGGAGACGAGAGUUGCGCUACUUUUUAAUCCGUUGCAUCUGCCUAAAUGCACCAUCUUCAGGACAAAUACUACACAAAAGUCGAUGAAUCAGACUCUCAUCUUCACUUCUGUCUGAUUAUUUUUGUAUCCACUGCGACGGAUUAGCAGCCAUAAGGGCUUGAAAGUACGGAGACAAGAAAGGGGUUACCCCGAGUACGCAAGAUGAGAAGAGGGAUCUCUUCGGCUCCGGACAAAGUGAUUUUAGCGGGGGUCGGGGGCUCUCCUCUGGACAAUAAUAUAAUCUUAACUACUCUGUCGGAUCGUUUAAACCCUGGUCAACCUAACGCUACCUUCUUUCAAAUAAUUACCACCCCACCACCUUGCAACGUAACACAGACAUCAAAUGUGUGUUUAUCUGAACCUCAGAUAAACAACAUUUACACAACUCCGCAACAAGCUGCAGCAAACGGAGCAGGACAACGGCCCGCUCUCGGAAGACCGCCGGCAAAAAGGCGCUUGGCGCUUGAUGAUUCAGACCACCAGUACCAAUCAGAACCAACCAGGACACCAAGAGGCAGAGGAAGUGCUGGGGUGACCAAUGGGGCGAGGAUAAAGACACCUAGAACGCCAAAGUCUCCACCAGAGAAAACGCGGUACGACACUUCCCUGGGCCUGUUAACAAAGAAGUUUGUGGAACUCCUCGCUCAGUCUUCAGAUGGCGUUCUGGACCUCAAUCUUGCCGCUGAAACCUUGCAGGUACAGAAAAGGCGGCUGUAUGACAUCACCAAUGUGCUAGAAGGUAUUCACCUCAUCAAGAAGAAAUCAAAGAACAACAUUCAAUGGAUGGGCUGCAGUCUGUUGGAGGUAGAGGGAGCACUGAGCCAGAGACAGAUACUGACAGCAGAGGUUUCUGCACUGGGAGAAGAAGAGCACAGACUCGAACAACUCAUCCAGAAAUGCAGCCUGGACAUGAGGCAUGUGACGGACUUGCAAAGCAACCAGAAAUAUCCUUUUGAU